UGUAGUUCUCCCCUUAAACCACACCUCACCGCUUACAUUUAAUCUAAUAACAAAACGGUAAUUUAGAAAUAUCUGUUCUGGGACCACUUGGAGUAAACGAAAUAGUUGAAAUGGGCAUAUAAAACAGUACUUUGUUUAAAGUAAAACUUAAAAUUGUGGUAAUAAUUCAUAUUUCAUUUUGUUAAUUGACUAAUGUGUAGUGACCGCGCCUACCUCGCUGUUCAUCUGGUGUUUGUUUGAAGUGCAAUCGUUAAAUGGUUAUGAUCCUAAAAUCGGUCGUCAGGUAAUUUAGUCUUUAUCUUAUCAUAUCAUAUUACAGUAGAGGCUCGUCAUUAUGUUAACAAAACAGUUAGUGUUGGUCUUCAUAGCGACAAGUUUAUUUGUUAUCACUGCUAGAGAAGUACCAUCGCCACCCAGAAUAGUAAAGCAGCCCCCAACAGAUGAAGUAUUGUUUCAAGUUGGGGCAGAUGAAAAUGAUAAACCAUUUUACAUCGAAUGUGAAGCCAUAGGUGAACCUGCACCGAGAUACCGCUGGAUAAAAAACGGCAAACAUUUCGAUUGGCAGGCAUACGACGAUAGAAUAUCCCAACAACCCGGUAGAGGUACCCUAUCAAUAGCUAAGCCUAAAGAUGUAGAUAUUGGUCAGUACCAGUGUUUUGCUGAAAAUGAGUGGGGUGUGGCUACCUCUAAUUCUGUGUUCAUGAGAAAGGCUGAAUUAAAUUCAUUCAAAAUUGCACCUCCAUUAGCAGCUACAGGGCAAGAAGGCGAACCAUUUAAACUUAGUUGUCAACCACCUGAUGGGUGGCCUAAACCAAAAGUAUAUUGGAUGAUACAAUAUACCACUGAUGGUUUCAAAUCGAUAAAUAACUCGCGUAUGACACUGGAUCCUGAAGGAAACCUUUGGUUUUCUAAUUUAACAAGGGAAGAUGCUAGUGAUAACUUCAUGUAUGCCUGUGCUGCAUCUUCAUCUACCAAAUUAGAAUAUAAACUGGGUAAUAGAGUCUUACUUAAUGUAAUCGCUUCAGGUGUUUCUCCAUCUCAAAACAAACACGAGCCUGUUCUCCAAUAUGUAACUAGGAAGAAUGAAGUAGCGUUAAGAGGGAAAAGCGUUGAACUUUUUUGUAUCUUUGGUGGAACACCUCUACCCCAAACUGUAUGGUCUAAAAACGGAAAGUUAAUACAUUCCUCCGAUAAAAUUACCCAGGGGAAUUAUGGUAAAUCGCUAAUAAUAAAAAUGGUCGAUUUUGACGACGAGGGAACUUAUAGUUGCGAAGUUAGUAACGGAGUUGGUGAACCAAAAUCGUAUUCAAUAAACUUACAAGUGUUGGCCGUACCGUAUUUCACGCAAGAACCACAGUUUGUCACUGCAGCAGAAGAUGAAACUGUUGAAUUCCAUUGUGCAGCAUCUGGUGUUCCAGAACCUCAAAUUAAGUGGAUACAUAAUGGUAAACCUAUUGCAGAGGCUCCUCCAAAUCCAAGAAGAAAAGUGACCAGUAAUAGUAUUAUCAUUGAAAGAGUUACGCGAGCUGAUACUGGAAAUUAUGGCUGUAAUGCCACUAACUCGUUGGGAUAUGUUUACAAGGAUGUUUAUGUUAAUAUUCUUGCUUUGGCUCCAGAAAUCACAGAAGCACCAAGAGAUCAAGAGGCAGUUGAUGGUAAAGAUAUAAAUAUGACUUGUAAAGUUUAUGGUGCUCCCAAGCCACAAGUAAAGUGGAUACAUAAUGGUAAAGAACUAACUGGAGGUAGAUAUUCGGUAUUGGAAAGUGGAGACCUUCAUAUAAGCAAUAUACAAUUCGACGAUAGUGGCACAUACACUUGUUAUGCAGAAAAUAAGUUUGGAAAAACGAAUGCUACCUGCUCAUUUUUAGUAAAAGAACACACCCGUAUCACUGACGGACCUGAAGAUUACGAAGUUCAAGCAGGGACACCUGCUACGUUUAGAUGUAAUGCUGUAUCUGACCCAUCUUUACCUCUCGAAAUUAUUUGGUUAAGUAACGAAUCCCCGAUUGAUUUCGAAGGCGAACCACGAUUCGUUAAAUCCUCCGAUUAUUCACUUACGAUUACGAAAACUAUUGAAUUAGAUUCAGGAACCUACACGUGUGUAGCCAAAACAGACCUUGACGAAGCCAGUGCAUCGGCCAUUCUUAUUGUCCAAGAUGUACCAAACCCACCUGUUAUUCAAAGAACGACCUGUGCCAAGAAAGACGCAACAUUGGAAUGGAAACCUAUGGGAGAUAAUAGGGCUCCUAUUUUGAGAUACACAAUUGAAUACAACACAAGCUUUACUCCCGAUGUCUGGGAAGUUAUGUAUGAAUCUGUACCUGCUGCAGACACCAGUUACACUCUUCCCCUCAGCCCAUGGGCUAAUUACACCUUUAGGGUAAUUGCUUGGAAUAAAAUAGGUCCUUCUCAGCCUUCUGGCCAUUCAGAUAUUUGUACAACUGGCCCUGAAGUUCCUCAUAAAAAUCCUGACAAUGUGGAAGGAAGAGGAAAUCAACCGGAUAAUCUAGUAAUUAGAUGGACCCCCAUGCCCGAAAUUGAGCACAACGCUCCCCGAUUUUCUUACAGAAUUUACUGGAAACGAGACAUACCAGGUGAAGACUACAAUGUGGAGGAUAUCCUUGAUUGGAGACAAAGCCAGUUUGUAGUCAAUAACGAACCGUCUUUCCAACAAUAUCGCAUUAAAGUGAUUGCUAUGAAUGAAAUUGGAGAAGCAAAUGUAGCACCUAAAGAAGUUAUAGGGUACUCGGGGGAAAAUGAACCAUUGCAAGCACCUGGAAAUUUUACAUUAGUAGAAGUUCAGUCAGCUACUACAGCAUUAUUGAGUUGGAGUCCUGUUCCUCUAGAUUCAGUAAGAGGUCAUUUUAGAGGGUACAAGAUCAAAACAUGGACCGAUACUUCCAACGGCCACAGGGAAAUCCAGGUACAAGGAGAUGCUACCAAAGCUUUAGUCACGAAUUUGGUUCCUUUCUCAAAGAAUCACGCUCAAGUUUAUGUAUACAACGACAAAUAUAACGGACCUCCAAGUGAAACUCUCAGCUUCGAUACACCUGAAGGGGUUCCUGGUCCUAUAGCAUCGUUAGAAGCGCAUCAUAUGGGUUCAGAAGCAUUCUAUCUGAUAUGGAAAAAGCCUGAACAGCCAAAUGGAAUUCUUACUGGUUACAAUAUUUAUUAUGCUGUAGUUAAUGGUACAAAUGUCGGUGAGAAAAUACCCAGGCAGCCACAAAUCACAGACCCUAAUCAGCUUCGUGCCAAGCUUUCAAAAUUAAAACCUAACGUUAAAUACCGUCUUUAUGUUAGUGCCACAACAUCUGCAGGGGAAUCAGAUCCGUACUUCAUCGAACGUACCACAAGAAGUAUCAGCUCCAGCAGACCGUCAGUACCAUCUUUCACUUGGCAGAGAGAAACAACAGAAAACAAUAUGGUUGCAAUAAAAGUACUUUGGCAUCCAAAUCUAUCUGGAAGACCGGGUUCACACUUUUUCGUAAAAUACAGGAAGAAGGGGGAACCUGACUGGGCGGAAACUGAUCCAGAAUAUUAUGAAGACUUCCUUAUGGUUAGAGCCCUUGAGCACGAUGAAAUAUACGAGUUUAUUUUGGUGGCUGCCGAUGGAACUUACUACACUGAAAGUGAAAUACAAGAAGUCGAUACUUACGGAUCAGAUGGGCCGAUUAUACAACCGAGAGAAAAUGUUGCAACUGCCGGAUGGUUUAUUGGAAUGAUGCUUGCAAUUGCAUUUUUAAUUCUUGUCCUUAUCAUUGUAUGUAUUGUGAAGAGGAAUAGAGGUGGAAAAUACGCCGUACAUGAAAGGGAACAAGCCAAUGGAAGAAGAGACUACCCUGAAGAGGGUGGUUUUCAUGAAUAUUCACAGCCAUUGGACAAUAAGUCACAUGGUAGAGCUUCAAUGAGUAGUGAAGCAAAAGUGGGACCUGAAAGCGAUACCGACUCUAUGGCGGAAUAUGGUGAAGGAGAUACAGAAGGUAUGAAUGAAGAUGGCUCAUUUAUUGGUCAGUAUGGCCGAAAAGCUAGACCAGGGGAAACAACAUCUCAGGGAUUUGCAACUCUUGUGUGAAAUGUCGUUUUACUGAAGAUGGAUCUUUCAUUGGCCAAUAUGUACCAAGCAACAUGAAACAGUUAGGUGCAGUUCCUGCAGUCUCUCAGCCAAGUACCGUGGCAACGUAUGUUUAGCCUUAUCCUUUAAUUAACACUCAUUAUCAGUUAUCGUCAACGUUUAAUAAUUGUACAGCUUAAGUGUCAAUAAGUAGUUAUUCGAAAAUGCCUUUUCACGCCGAUUGGCAUUUUUCUGUACCGCUUUGCACGAUAUAUUGGUCAAGAUCUUUUUUGUGUUCCAUAUUUAAAGUAUAAAUUCGUCCAAUUUUGUAUUUAACUCUUAAGUUGUAAAGUUACUUUUUACAGCUAGUCACCAAAAAUGAUUGAAGGUUACAAAAAUAAUUUUACUCUAGGUCAAAUUGUAUCCUUAACUUUAAGACAAUUAAUGAAUUCAGAGUAAAAUUAUGUUGCUCAUUGAAGUAGAUUUUUAUUUUUAUCCUUUUUGAUGGCUAAUUGUAAUGAACUUGUUUUCUCCAUCAUAUAGGAUUGCAUAUUGCAUACACAAUGUAGAUAAAUUAAGUAUAUAUUUAUAUUUUUGUGCCUUUUCAGUUAUAUUUAUCUGAAAAUAUUAUCUACAGCUAUAUGCAUAAUUUAAUUAAUCAACUGAAUCAAAAUAAUGUGCUGAGGAAUUUAAAUGUGUGAUCUGGAAAAAAUACUUAAGUAUAAAUAGUUCAUUGUACUCUUUAUUAUUAACGGUGUAAAUCCCGGAAAAUCAAACGAAUAAUAUUUCUAGCUUUUACUCUUUGAUUUUUGAUAUUUGUAUGAAAUGUUAAAAUAGUUUACUUCACAUUUUAUGUACAUUUAAGGUAGUUUUGUAUGUUUAUUAGUUUAUGACGAAAAAUUGAUUCAACUGCCUAAAGCCCCCAUAUUUCAAUUUUUAAUUCAUGACGUCUAAUUGGCUAAUCUCUUAUUUUAUAAUAUGAAUCUCAAGAAUCGAUAUUAAUUUAUACAUAUUAAUAGGCAACUAGGUUUAUGAGUUUGUUUAGAAUGAACGAAUAACAUUAUGUGAAGUCUCUUCUACUUAAUACGCAUCCACUUCUUAAAGUUCUGCAGAUGGGGAGGUGCUAACAUUAGUUACUUGUUGUAUGAUUGUUGCUUGUUGCAAUUCAGGACUUUUUUGUCAUUUUCAGUCUUUACCUUCAGCGUUGUAAAUUACUCUAUGUGGAGGAAUGCACUCUUAUAUAAAAAUACAUCUUAAUAUCAAAUGAUGUAUAAAAAAAUUUCUAUUUCUACCUAAUCUGGCAAGUGUUUUUUAAACGUUCGUAAACUUUUUCGCUAUAGUACCGUAAUACAGAUAUACAUUUUGUAAAUUUUACAUCUUUAGGUGUAUAAGGCAACAGAAAAAAAUGCUUUUAGUGGCAGUAUUGCUCGAUACUCAUAAAUAUUUGUUUAGUGGUAGUUGCAAAAGUUUCAACUUUGUGAAUAUAAAAACUUGCGGCUAUAGUUGGUGUCAAACGUCACUUUUCUGUGUAACCUUAGGAUUUCGCAGCAGCUGUAUUAACAAGAAUAAUCAAACUGAGUUGUACCGUAGAUUAGGUAAUAGUAAAACUUGAAGAAAACAUAAAAAUAUCUCACUGACCUUUGCAAUAUUUUAAUACAUAUAUAUGCGAAUAAAUAUACAGGGUAGAUCCGGUUGUUAUCUUGUUAUUUAAGUAAGAAUAUUCCUCUUUUUGUUGUAUAAAUAUAUUUUUUUUUUCUUAUUUAUUUACAACGAAGUAUCAGAAUAUUUUUUUUGUAUUUCGUACGGAUUUAUUUUCUAAUUAUUUGUCUUUACGGAUCAAUUACUAUAUUGCCUGAAUGUAAAGAUAACAAUCUGAGGUGUGAUGCGAAAAAGAAACAAUUUUAUAAAUAGGAAAGUUAGUUUUUUUUUUUUAUUCUACUUGGUCUGAUAUUUUUAUGUGUUAAGCAGCUUUUGUAAAACUAUUGUAUGCACUCAACUAUUUCAUUCUCAAAUGCUUGUACGUUUGAUUGAACAUUAGCUCUUUAUUUAUGUAUUAGACUAUUUAUUAUAAGAUGUUUUUUAUGAAGCGUUAUGAGUUUUGCACCGAAUAAAAUUUUUAAUUAUUA